ACAUGAUCUUGUUUAAUUAAGCACUAAUCAGUAUUUAUCAAGUCCAAUCCAACGACAGAUUAAGCUAUUUUCUUAUAGAUAUCUCUGAAGCUGCAAUUAAUAAGAAGCCACAGAGGAGUGAGAUACGACCCUACAGCGUGACCUCUACAAGAUGACCGGAUCACAACUCCAGAUGAUACUACCGAAAUUCCCCUCAUGUUCCUACCUGGAGAAUAAUCCAUCAAGUAAACAAAAUAUCCUUGAACGGCUGGAGGGUGGUGAGGUAGUUCUAGGAGAUGGAAGCUACUGCGCUACCCUGGAGAAGAGAGGAUAUGUCAAGGCUGGUCACUACACUCCUGAAGCUUCUGUAGAGAAUCCUGAGGCAGUUGAAGCUCUUGCUUAUGAAUAUGCCAGAGCUGGAGCUGAUAUAACCCAAACAUUCACCUACUACUCCAGAGAUGUAGGAACUCCCGAUGAUGUUAAUCUAACUUGUGGAGAGAUAAACCAAGGAGCCUGUAAUAUUGCGAAGAAGAUUGCCAAGGAAAAAGGAACAAUUGUAGCUGGAGGAAUAGUUCAGACAGGAGUUUUUUCAACCAAGAGAGACAAGAAGGAAGUCCACGAAGAGUUAAGAGAAGGAUUAGAAGUUCUGAUUCAGAAUGAUAUUGAUCUCAUCAUUGUGGAGUUCUUUGGAAACAUAAUAGAAAUGGAAUGGGCUAUUGAACUUGCACUAAGUUACAAUAAACCUGUUGCUGCAACCAUGUGUAUUGGUCCCAAGGGAGACACUGAUGGAGUUCAACCUGAAGAAUGCGCAGUCAGAAUGGCUCGUGCAGGCGCUCAUAUAAUUGGUACUAACUGUAAGUUUGAUCCAUUCAUCAGCUUGGAAACUAUGAGACGAAUGAAAGCUGGACUUGAUGCAGAAAAUCUUCAUCCCUAUCUAAUGUGCCAGCCUUUAGGAUUCCGAACUCCAGAUGUAAACCACUUUGGAGGUUUUCAUUUACCAGAGUUCCCUUUUGCAAUGGAGCCGAGACAGAUUACAAGGAUUGAAGCUGCUCAGUUUGCUAGGGAAGCAUAUCAUCUUGGUAUCAGAGUUAUUGGAGGUUGCUGCGGCAUUGAAUCACAUCAUAUCCGAGCAAUGGCCGAGGAGCUGGCAGUAGAGCGGGGAGGGCUACCUGAAGGAUCUAGGAAGUCAGAUCAUGAUUUGUCAACCCUCAAGAAAAAAGGAGAUAUGGGCAGGGACGAGUUCAAGAUGAAGGGAAGUAAAGAAUACUGGCAGAGCUUGAUUCCUUGCACGGGAAGACCACUCUCCUCAGCUCUCAAUAGAACGAUGAACCCUGAAGUUGUAGAUAGGAGUGUACUAAACUAACUAUAGGAUCCACCAAGUUUGAUAUUUUGAAUAUCAAGUAUUAGAAAUUGCAAAUAUAGUGUGAGACAUAAUGCACUAAUCGUUCAGGAUAAUUAAGAAAACAUGAGAAACUUAAUUUUUUGUAUUUGCACGUUUUUUAUUUUUUAACCGAUUUUACCUUAAAAUACGUACUUAAAAUUUCAA